AUGAUGGUAGGUAUACAAAGACUUAUUAAUCGGUCGUAUGAUAAGCCGAGGUACAAAUAUGGAAUCAUCACCACGUCUCGAAUUAAGAGUCCACAGCUGUUUCUAAAGGACUUUGGGUUGGAUGGUACUGACUAUGGUUUCUGUUUAUUUGUUCUUUUGGGGCCCAAGGAGACGUUUGAUAAGCUACAACGAGACGAUGGAUAUUUCAGAGAUUUUGAGACUCCAGCCACUCCAGGAACAAUCUAUGAUUGUGAUAUAAAGAAGGAAUAUGAAGGGUUGUUUCAAUUUGACCCCUUGAGUUUGAAGCCAACUGUUACCGUAGCUGAUAAUAAUACAGUUUUGAAAGGUCUGCUAUUGUCCCGAGUAUUGGGAUGUGUAGGGUUUAAGAGUUCGGGAUAUGAGUAUCACCCCAAUGACGACGCCUGUAUUAGACUUGACUUGACUGCGUUCACGUCAUAUCUCCGAGGAAACGGACCCCGCAUGAUUGAUUUGGUGCUAUGCAAUAUCCUCCAAGACCAUCCGAGUCAUCCUUUUCUCGAACAACAAGGUAUGGUUGAUCAAAGUACUGGAAAGUACAUCAUCAUGGCCGAUUGCAUUACUGAGCAUAAUCUCAUUGAUUACUAUGUGCAAAAAUGCGGCUUCAGCUUAACUGGAGAAGAAGAUUUGUUGAUACAAGUAGGAGAAGAUGGCAGACUUCGGAAUAAUCCUUAUGAAGAUGGCAUUAAGGCUACUCAGAACUUCCACAUAUCGUUCCUAAAGAAGUGUCUUUCUGUCAACAGAAACAUAUAG